UACCGGCCGGUGUACUAAACCCCGCCCCCCCCCUCAGCCCCUCUCUCCGUACGGGACCGCAAUGAUUUAGAACUUCAGGAAUCCCACGUGACGUCACCGGGUGAUGUAAUGCUUCUGUAAAUAGAUCGUAUUGUAAUCUCGCUCCAGUCCAACGUGGUUCCUCUCUGGAGCGCCGCUCGUCCCUCUCCACUUGUAGGCUGGUGUAUGACAUGAAUGACAAACAGGACAGGCCUUAUAUGUGCGGCGCACCUGGCUGCUCUCAGCGCUUCCAGUUAGAAGAGCAUCUGAUCAUCCACGGACACAAGCAUGAGAUGUCCCUCAAGUUCUCCUCCAUCAAGGCGGAUUUGCCUUUUACAGACCAGACUCCGACGCCAACCCGGUUUUUGCAGAACUGUGAAGAAGUUGGUAUUUUUAAGGAGAUAGAGGAAGAGUUUCUUCAAGCACAAGAAGAAGAAAAGAGCAAACAGACACUUCCUCACAAUGGGCUGUCCUGUAUGAGCCAGCAGCUCAAAUCCCAGCUUCAGCACCAGCACCCCCAGCCACCUCUGCACCAUCCCCAGAACCACCCCCUGCAGCACCCGCAGUCCCACAGCCCCAUGAUGGGCCCCAGCUGCAGCAUGAAUGCCCAGCAAGCCCUGUCCUCCCCGCAGUCCGGAUCAGUCAUCACCCAGGCUCCUUCAGCCCUCACACACUCAGGGCCCGUUCCCGGGUCGCUGUCCUCCCUCCUCCACAUGCGGAACAGACACAGACAACCGCUGCCAGCCUCCUUACCUGGCACGCUUCCAGACCCCGCCAUGCAAGGGGCAGCUGCUCAGCACAUGCCUAUGGAGAAGCAAAUGUCGUGUGUAAUGGGUUUACCCGGUCCUGUACACAACCACGUCUGUUCCUCGCCUCAGAGAUCCAAACAGACGCUGGGCCAUCAUUUCCAGCAGCACCACCCAGCAAUGGUCGGCAUCAACAACCCCGUGGCAGCCAUGGAUCACAUGAUGGAGAUGAUGUCACAGCGUCAUCAUGCUCCUCCACUACAACACCACCCUCAUCCUCCUCCUCAUCAUCCGCAGCUCCCUGCUCCGCCCAUCACCUUCCAACAGCGAUGCCACGCUCCACCUCCGCAGCACAUGGGAAGCCCCCACAGCCACCACCCACAGGCUCACCAAGCGCCGCACCCCCACAUGCACCAGGGCUCGCCUCCUUUACAACCCCUGUCUGUCCCUUCACAGUUAUCACCAGUUGCACUGCAGAUGCAAUCCUCCCAUCCACCCCACUCCCAGCAUUCAAUGCAGGCAGAUAGUAGCUGCAGCAGUGGAAGUGGAGGAGGAGGAGGUGGAGGAGGCAGCCACCGCCGCAGGAGGACGGCAGAUCAGGACCCCGACGAGCGCAGGCAGAAGUUUCUGGAGCGAAACCGGGCUGCAGCCACCCGGUGCCGACAGAAGAGGAAGGUUUGGGUGUCGUCACUGGAGAAGAAAGCUGAAGAGCUGACGCAUACAAACCUGCAGCUACAGAACGAGGUGACGUCACUGAGGUCAGAGGUGGGUCAGCUAAAGCAGAUUCUGCUCACCCACAAGGACUGUCCUGUCACCGCCCGGCAGAGAGAGUCACAGGGGUAUCCCACGGCAGGGGAGAGCCCAGCAGGAAGUCCCACCCCUGCAGGACCUGGGUCUCAUCUGCAGGCGGUCCAACACAACAGCAUCUCCACCUCCUCGGCAGCUAAAGGCAUGAAAGGGCACGACCCCACGUCUGGACUACAAAGAUGAGGGGGUGGAGGACUGAAUGAAUCUGAUCAGCCUGAAUUUCUUUGUUAAAUUACACUUAGUCUGACUCAGCAUCUGUGUCUUUGCAUUAUGGAUAAAAAUGCCAAACUGGAUAGGUGAAUUUAUAAAUCCAUUUGAACACUGAGGUAUUUUUCAAUAUUAUGAUGAUCAUUUUCUGGUUGGAAAGGAGACCCAGAACCACAUACUGAUACAUUUCCAUAACAGGUGCAAAAAAUGACCUUUUCUGAGAUGGUUACAUGGCAACUGGAUCCUUUCUGCAAGCUCACCAUUGCUUGCUAAGCACUGAUAACACUCAAUCAUGAAACAUCUGUUCUUGCACUAAGUAAAAUAAAAAGGCUAUACAAUAGUUUUAUAUUUCAAAAUGAGCAUCUGCAAUCGCACACGUUAUGCCUUGUCUUUGAUGCCAAAGUAUCUUGUAAAAAGAUUGUAUUUUUCUACCAAGAAUUCAUAUUAACACCAACAAAUGUUUAUUCAAGAUUUGAAAUCAAACCUACGCCUGACCUGGAAAGCCAUUUAAAACGCGAUUGUAGAGACUUUCCUUCUAGGCACAUAUUUUACUUCCAACUAAGACAUUUACUUUAAACUGCACCUCGUGUCUCAAUACCUGUCAGUUUAUAAAACAAUCUCUUGUUCUGGUAUUUUCAUGUAUUUAUUUCAGAUGAUUUUAAAUAUUGUUCAUCAUAUAAAAUAUGACACAGGAAACCUGUGAUUUUGAGUCAUGAUAUCAUAAAUAUCUGAUUGUUUCUGUACAUACAGUAUGGUCUAGUCUGCCAUCUAGUGACUGUUUGUGUAAGUGGUUAUUGACCAUGAUGACUGGAAUGGUCAGCAUAAUGGAUCAUAGCCUGUUUUAUGUUUGGCCAAUAAAAAGACAUUAGUUAUUCGUUAUACAUAAUAUGCAAAGCAAAGAAAAAUGUAACAUUUGAUUUGAGUGUGAAGUGUCCCAAACUAAAGGACUUAAUUUUG